CUCAGAGCUUAAUGCAUUCCCAACAACGAUAAAAACCGCCAUUUCCCAAUAAAACCGCCUCCCAAAACUGCUCUCUUGUGUUUACGAAAUCCGUUUCCGGUUUACCAGCGAUUUGAAAUCUCCCAUUGCAGAACCGCCAUACCUCAUUUUCAGAACCCAAAACCCGGUUCUGGUUAUCUUCAUUUUCUCCGUUUCAUGGCCUUUGCAGCUCGUUUUUGGAACAUGGUCUUGGAGAAAUGGCGGUUUUUCGACCCGCCUGACUCGAUGGACUGAGGAUUCGAUCGAAAGAUCGGAUUUGUUUUUGUGGGCUUUGCUUGAAUCGUUCGGAAAUGAGUCGGGCGAGUUGGAAUUUCAGGAACCGAGUCGGGAAGUACGAGCUGGGGCGAGUUUUGGGGGAAGGAUCUUUUGGGAAAGUGCAUUUGGCGAGAGAUGUGGAGACUGGAGAGAAGAGGGCGAUCAAGGUGAUCAAUAAGGACCGGGUGGUGAAGGAUAUGAUGGUGGCGCAGAUUAAGAGGGAGAUUUCUACAAUGAAAUUGGCUAAGCAUCCAAACGUUGUGCAUCUGUUUGAGGUGAUGGCUAGCAAGACGAAGAUAUACUUUGUGUUGGAGUAUGUCACAGGAGGAGAGCUCUUCGACAAAAUUGCUAAGCAGGGAAAGCUGAGAGAAGAAGAGGCUAGGAAGUACUUUCAGCAGCUGAUAAAUGCAGUAGAUUAUUGCCACAGUAAGGGAGUAUACCAUAGAGAUUUGAAGUUGGAGAAUCUCCUACUCGACGAGGAUGGCAAUCUUAAGAUCUCUGAUUUUGGUUUGAGUGCCUUGCCACAACAAGUUAGGGAGGAUGGGCUAUUGCAUACGACUUGCGGGACGCCGAAUUAUGUGGCUCCAGAGGUAAUUGUUGACAAGGGAUAUGAUGGGGCAAAGGCUGAUAUAUGGUCGUGCGGGGUUGUUCUUUUCGUUCUAAUGGCAGGCUAUUUGCCUUUCGACGAGCCUAAUAUCAUGAACCUAUAUAAGAAGAUAUACAGGGCAGACUUCACAUGUCCUGAUUGGUUUUCAUCGGCUGCUCGGAGAUUGAUAAUUAGGAUACUAGAGCCAAAUCCAAAAAAUAGAAUCACCAUACCCCAUAUUAUGGAGAGCCCAUGGUUCAAGAAAGGCUAUAAGCCUGCCAAAUUCAAAGAGCUGAAGAAUGUCGAUUCGAGCGAUAUUGAUUUACUGUUUAGCACUUCAAAUGAUUGCACACUAUCAGACCAAAAGGAAGAAAAGGACCGGAGGCCAUCAUUUUUGAACGCAUUCGAUAUUAUUUCACUAUCUGAAGGGCUGAAUCUUUCUGGACUCUUUGAAAAAGAACAGGGUGUAAGACGAGAGAUGAGGUUCACUUUGAGAUGUUCAGCAUCUGAAAUCUUGGCGAAGAUGGAAGAAAGUGCGAAGCCACUAGGUUUUAGUGUCAAGAGGCGUGAUUACAAGGUGAAGAUGAGGCUAGAAGGACGUGACUUGGGUCGGAAAGGACAUCUCACUAUCUCUACAGAGGUUUUGGAAGUCUCGCCUUUGUUAUCCGUGGUCGAAAUGAAGAAAGCAGGAGGUGACGCACUUGAGUUUGAUAGGGAUUUCCAAUCAGAUUUUCAAGGCAACAGAAGGAUGAAAAAUGCAGUGGCCACUCAGCAGUUUCGAAUCCUACUCUUCCCCUGUUCAGCAGGUAGGCCCCACUGUGUAUCCUGCUUGGUCUGAAAUGAAAGGCGCAGAGUAGAAGGAAUUGACCAACAGCGCAUAUCAACAUGUAUAUGCUUGCUGGCCACUAGACAAUGGUGGCACCGACUUGAUGAAUGGCUUAGAUCUUGCACCCACAUGCAUGUUGGCAUGCGUGGGGAGAAUAGGAUUCGAUAUCCAACUCUCACAGGGAGUCUUGGCAGGGUCGGGGAGUAAACAUUCGCCUGCUACAUGCUGAGGGGUCUCCUCCUGUCUCGAUUUUCACGCAUCAUGAAUUCUCUUGUCAUGUUAAGAAAACCCAAAUUUAGAAGACAUUCCAAUCCAAUAAAAUCUUGUUUUUGGUGUGUUCUUCCCCAUAGCUUAAAAUCUGUAUUGAAUAAUCAUGGAAAUAAUCCAAUCAGCUUGAAUCAGUUGUGGAA